CAAGACAACAAGUUUCUCCGCGUAGCGUACUUACAUAGAAAUCAAGACAAAAAUCGUCGAAGGUUUCGCUAAUUCCAUUUCCUUUAUCGGUACAUCUAACUAGUAUUUUGUUACAAAAAAUAAUGAAUCAUCGUUAUCGUCGCUAUAUCGAAUAAAUCAUAUUCCCUAAGAAUUCCCGCAAAUCUUCGAUAAAAAAAAAAGAAAGCUAAAAAAUCCCCUUAUUGCGUCCACGAAUGAUCGCCGAAGAGAGAAAAAAGGAAGAAAAUUCGUUCAUACGUCGACCAACGAUCUAUUAGCACGAUCAUGAAGCAAUUUAAACAAGAAACGAAACGUAGAGGUUGUUUAAUAUUUGCUGAUAAUGGAAAUUAGGAUGGUGGUAGGCUGGUAGAAUGCGUAUCGUUCGACCUUUGACCCUCUUCGUUCUCCCUCUUUGUCUCUUCUAUUGCUUGCCAAAGAUUCCCUUGUUGAAAAGUAACUGGUUCCUUGGGUAGUUGAGUCACAAGCGUUUCGGGAUCAAACCGGGAACGAACUGUUACACGUUCGCGUACGCUCGUCGUUCGCAACGACAAAUCGGUGAUAAGGGUGAGCCGAACGACCAACGGUCAGUCUGGUGUUGGUGGUUCCUGAUGCAACGUGACGAAGACGAUUUGUAAGGCGCGAGUCGUCGAGACAGAGGAUCGUGGAAGCCGUUGGUGUUGUCCUUCGAAGGAAGUUGUUGGGAAAGGAAGGCCAAGAUGAUGGUUCAAUUCACCAAGAGGCAAUGGCUCACAUUGAUUGUCAUCAGCAUCGCCGAUUUCGCGAACGCGAUUUGUGUAUCGCUACAGGCGCCGUUCUAUCCGCAGGAGGCUGAGAAAAAAGGAGCAUCCCCGUCAGAAUAUGGAUUGGUCUUUGGAAUUUUCGAGUUCAUCGUCUUUAUCAUCAGUCCCGUUUAUGGACAAUACUUACAUCGAAUCGGACCAAAACUAUUGUUCAACGGCGGCAUCCUAACGACAGGAACCUGCGCCAUCUUCUUCGGUCUGCUGGACAAGGUGAACGGCCAUUAUCCCUUUAUAGUCCUUUCGUUCGUGAUUAGAAUCGUCGAGGCUAUAGGAAAUGCGGCAUUUCUCACCGCCAGCUUCGCCAUUAUCGCCAAGGAAUUCCCGGAUAACGUCGCUACCACCUUUGCCAGCUUGGAGACAUUUUUUGGUCUGGGUCUCAUUGUGGGGCCAACUGUUGGCGGUGCCCUUUAUCAGGUCGGUGGAUAUACAACGCCAUUCGUUGUCUUAGGAUCAGCCCUCUUUACGACUGCAGUUAUGACCAUUUUUAUCCUACCAGUUCACCCUAACAACAGCGAAGCAACUCACAGUACAAUAGGCGUGACGAAAGCGUUGAGAAUUCCAGGCGUACUGAUCGCCACAUCAUCCAUAAUCGCGACGAGCAUGAGCAUAGGAUUUUUACAAGCUACCCUUGAGCCACAUUUGAGGCAAUUCAACUUGAGCCCUAUCGUUCUGGGCUUAAUGUUUGUCAUUAACGGUGGCAUUUAUGCCAUUACCGCUCCUGCGUGGGGCUGGCUCUGCGAUAAGCAUUCACAUCCAAAAGUGGCCACCGUAGCUGGAUGCAUUCUCGUGGUUGUAGGAUUCUGUUUGGUAGGUCCAGCACCUUUCAUACCGUGUUCGACUACGCUUUGGAUGACAAUUUGUGGUCUGGUAGUUCACGGCUUAGGCAUGGCUGCACAGCUGGUUGCCAGUUUCACGGAUGCAUUGAGGACAUCGAUACAAUACGGAUUUUCAAAUAAUCUGGAGACCUACGGCCUAAUCAGUGGACUAUGGACCAGCACGUUCGCUCUUGGAGCAUUUAUUGGUCCAAGCGUAGCAGGAAUUUUAUUGGACAAUAUUGGAUUUCGAAAUGCUACUAUGUUCAUCGUGCUUCUUCACAUGCUUGUGGGCGUGAUGGCGGCAGUGUUCUUGAGCGUCUGCUCAAGACAUAAACCAUAUACAGAGAUCGACGCGACGGAAGACUUAAGGAUACCGUUGACGGACAGCGAGCGUUCGCGGAGCGGAAGUCAUCGUCAUGUUCGCGGUCAGGGCGUGCCGAUCGAUAGGCCCAGCGGCAUGAACUCCCUGAUCGUGUGCAACAGUUAUUCGAACAGAGCCGGUGCUUGGUCCCGAGCAUCGUACAGCGGCCGUUAUUCCCAUAGUUAUGGUUCGAUCGAGACGAAAAGGUAUCUAGAGUUGACCACGUGAUGGCUGUAGCCAUUCAAUGACACACGGACAGGAAAAUCUCGGACAGGGUCGUGCCGGCAGUAUUCUCAAGCAUCGUGAGCCUAACUCAACGUUUGAGAAAGCCUCUUCGGUCGUAUUUACGAGGGUAGAAAGAUUUAUUACGGGCGGGGUACGUUUUGAUUCUUUCGUUGAAUAGCAGAUAGUAACUAGUGAGAAAAAAUGUUUAAAAAGAAACGCAAGGUUAUCGAUGCCGGGGAACGAAAUUAUUGAAAAAUGUUUGAAUUAGGGUAAUUUUAAUAAUUGAAAUAAUUUUAUACAUUAGCAGUCGAAACUUUGAAAUUGAUAUGAGUUUUGUUAUUUUAGAAAACUUUUUUAUAAAAAUUGUACGCUUUAGAAAUGGGUUCACGUGUGAAAUAUAAUACUUAUUUAUUUAACUUGUGUUUAUAUAAUAAAUACAUUGAAUAGAAUUAAUUUGCUUAGUAGAAACUUUUUAUUAUUCUUAUGCGUGUGAAAUCGUCUUACGAAUUCAUCAAACUCGAUUAUUAAGUAAUCUAAAAGAAUUUAUCGUCACAACGAAAGAGUCAAAAACAUUUUUAUCGAAGGAUCGAAUUUAGGAUGUGUCGUUUCUUUAUGAGAGAGUAAAGAAAGAAAAAAAAUAAACGCGCUUCCGCCUUCCGUCAUUCGUCUCCAAUUGAAGAAAUGGCAGAUUCGAAGGGAUACGAGGGUUACUAAAGACGCAGAUUUAGCCUCAGAUGUCUCAAACAGUAUUCUCAGGAUGCAGAUGCAGGACACAUUUCUACGCUUUAAAUGUCAAGUGUAAUCGAUCGAGAACAGCUAUUUUUAACGGACGAAAAAUUUUGAAAGGAAGUGAAAUUACUUACAUUUCACUGAUAAAUAAAUCAAUAGAUUAGAAAAUAAUUAUUUUCCUAACAAAGAAUUUAAUUUUUAUCGUCGCUAAUGGACUUUUACUUGCAGUUAAUAAGAGGCACGACCCUAAAACGGAAAUCUCAUGUACAAACAAAAUCUUUUCGAUAAAGAACAGGUUAAUAUCGACGAAAGUUUGUUCCUAUCGAAUUUUCGUCGCAUUAAAACCAUCAAAGACAAAUUACAAAAGGAUUGUACUUACAUACACUCGCGCAUAAUUUUAAUUGUUAUCGCUAUUAAUGUACUUCGUCGAUGAUAUCUUUUCGGUUGUGUUAGAUAUCAUACAAUAAUUAUAUUUCAACGUAUCAUUAAUAAAAACAACAUUUUUAUUUAAUA